CAGAGAGCAACUGGUAACAUGGAUUGCACCUCGGAAGGGGACAGCUGAACUCUCCCUCUGGCUUUAGUGAGGAAAGAGCAGCGAUGAAAUCCGUGGAGUGUGUGCACGUCAUCCAACAGAAGGAUACCGCCUCCUCUCCCUCUGCCCCCCCUGGUGCUGCUUCAGGCACCGCGGGACUUUUUUCUGUCACAUUCCUGUGGCUUGCAAUGCUCCUGUCCUCUUGUCUUGCAGCAGUGUCUCUUUACCAUGUUAUCACCCUGAAAACAGAAUUAGAAGCACUGCGCAGCGAGCUGAUCUACAGGGUCCAGGCCAGGUCUCUGCUAGACCGGCCAUCCGUGUCCCCUGACGAAAAUAAAGCGGGUACCCCUGUUUCUUCCUUCCUGAAAGCGUCUGCAGCUGGUGCCAGGCAGGAGAACAGGCUUCCUCGUCCUGGCCCAGCUGAAAGCUUCCAAAAGGAAAUCUGGAAUGGGAGCAGAAACAGGGGGAGAAGGUCUAUUGUCCACACAGAAGAAACAGUUCUGCAGGCCUGCUUGCAACUGAUUGCUGACAGCAAAAGUGAUAUCCAACAGAAAGAUGAUUCAAGCAUUGUCCCUUGGCUUCUGAGCUUUAAACGUGGAACAGCUCUGGAAGAACAAGGAAAUAAAAUAGUGAUCAAAGAAACAGGAUAUUUUUUCAUAUAUGGUCAGGUUUUAUAUACAGAUACAACAUUUGCUAUGGGACACCUAAUACAGAGGAAGAAGGCCCACGUGUUUGGUGAUGAUCUCAGCUUGGUGACAUUGUUCCGUUGCAUCCAAAAUAUGCCACAGUCUUAUCCGAAUAAUUCUUGCUAUACUGCUGGCAUUGCAAAAUUAGAAGAAGGGGAUGAACUUCAACUUACAAUACCAAGAAGAAGGGCCAAAAUAUCCUUGGAUGGAGAUGGUACUUUUUUUGGUGCAGUUAGACUCCUCUGAAGCCCUUCAUUUCUGUUAUUAUGCUAAAUGCAGUUUUCUUCUUUUGCUAUGCCUUUGUCAAAAAAAAAAAAAAAAAGUGUAAUAAAGCUGCCAAUUCAGUUUCUCCCCAUCCACCACCAGCUUCUGAGAACUUUUCUUCAGUUUAAUAAGCGAACCCAAAACAGGAAACUCACCAGAUAUACUUGUGAGAUAUAACCAUCAUGUGAUUACCAGAAAGCCAAUUUAUUUUAGACAAUAGGAGACUAAAUAACAACUGUAAGGCAAGAGUUUUUUUGGCUUUGAAACAAUUUCUUUUCCAUAAGGCAAAUCAAAGGAGUUUACCAUGCAGUAUAGCAUAAACAGGACCAUUGACUAUCAGAUUAUUAUCCAUAAUUGAAAAGGAAAGUGAAAACACAACUACAUCUUAAAUUUGCUUUUUUUCAUCAAUAAAAUA